UGUUGCAAAAUCAGAGAAGGCCACAGGACCCAGAUUUUUCAGGGAGUCAAGAUACAAUGGCAGCCCAGUAUCGUGGUGUGGAGUCCAUCCUGGGACAGUCAAGAACCAGCCAUGAUCUUGGGAAACAAGAUGAAGGAAAUCCCCAACUCAGAAUUGUCCUCCUGGGAAAAACUGGGGCAGGAAAGAGUGCAACCGGAAACAGCAUUCUUGGAAAGAAAGUGUUUUCUUCUGGCAUUUGUGCAAAAUCCAUAACCAAGGUGUGUGAGAAAAGGGUGAGCACCUGGGAAGGGAGCGAGCUUGUUGUUGUGGAUACACCUGGUGUUUUUGACACUGAGGUCCCAGAGGCUGCCACAAGAAAGGAGAUUACUCGCUGUGUUGCCCUGACCUCCCCAGGGCCUCAUGCUCUGCUCCUGGUGGUCCCAUUGGGGCGUUACACUGUGGAAGAACAUAAGGCCACACAGAAGAUUCUGAGCAUGUUUGGAAAGAAGGCUAGAAGAUUCAUGAUUCUCCUGCUCACCAGGAAGGAUGACUUGGAAGGCACCGAUAUCCAUGAGUACUUAAACACGGCUCCCAAAGACAUUCAAGAGUUGAUCCAUGAGUUUGAGAAUCGAUACUGUUUGUUCAACAACAAAGCCUCAGGGGCUGAACAGGAAGGCCAGAGGACAGAACUAUUGAACUUGGUCCAGAGCAUGGUGAGGGAAAAUGGUGGAAGAUGCUUUACCAACAAGAUGUAUGAAACUGCUGAGGAUGUGAUUCAGAAACAGACCCUGGAGAUACAAGAACAGUACAGAAAGGAGCUGGAGAGAGAGCUCACACGGAUAAGAAGGGAGUAUGAAGAAGAGAUUAGAGACCUGGAAGAUAAAUUGGAGAGGGAAAGGAGAAAGGCAUGUAUGGAGAGGGAAUUCACCAGAACAGAGGCUGUCUUUACAGAGCGACAAGAAAAUGCUAGGAGCGAAGUUGAGAAUGGAAAUAUGAUACUUGAAUUAAUUAUAGUAGCAUGGAAGAUUGCUUCCUUUAUCUUCAGCCAGUUUAUGCAAGACUAGAUCUAGUCUGUAAGACUAGACCUUAGCUGUAUCUUCUCCAUUGCCCCUGAUAACUGUGCCCUACAGAGCUCUGCUGAACGUCAAAAUGUUCCAGUUUCUGUCUUCCAGGACUAAGGAAUGAAGUAAAUGCUGCCAGUAGCUGUUGUUAAAUGUUGAAUUGACUCAACAAGAAACUGAUUAAUCCUCAGUUUGUGAAACUCCAAAGCAGAAUGGAUUAUGACUUGCUACCUUGUGCUCUUCCUCAGCAGAAGCUACCCAGGAGGCCACAAUAAAUAAAUAAAUAAAAAGAUAGAUAGAUAGAUAGAUAGAUAGAUAGAUAGAUAGAUAGAUAGAUAAAUAAAUACAUAGUUUAAGAUGUACCCAGGCAAUUAUCUGGAUUCUCAGGAAUUAUCGUCAACUGCAGCACCUACACACAGAUACUAAUCUUUUUUAUGGUCAUCUUGUAUGUUUUAUUAGAAAGUUCAUUUCUUUGCAUGAGAUAAUUUUGAGAGAAAGAUAGAUGGCUGUACAGUUCUCAGUACACGUCAGUUUGUUUGUACAUUUUCAUUAGUGGACUCAAAAUGUUCCCUACAUGUCCUUGAAGGAAAAGCAAAUCUUGUAAAUCAAGUAAUCCAGGAUGAACACAAAUUAGCAUUCCAGUAGGUGAGGACACAAUGACUGGUGUGUUUGGGUGUGGCUCUAGGAGCUCUCUGUCAACCUUUUAACCAGUUUGGUGAACAGACAGCUCUGUCCUUGAGAAAUGAUCUGGCUGCUGCAAAUCUACCCUGAGCCCCGUACAUCCAACCUUUUGCUUCUGCCCCACCAAGCUAAUUUGCUUGUUGCUGUUAUAAUAAACUUUUCAUUGCCUCAUACUUGUUCAGAAUCAGAAUCUGUUUUGUCUUGGAAAAUGGU